AAAAAGGAAUUAGAUAUCGAAGACCAAGAUAUCAAAAUAAUUGAGAAUAAUAGAGUCAACGGAAAAGCAUUCCUUGCUCUAACUGAAGAAAAGCUUCUAAAACAUCCCUAUAAUAUGGAUGGUGGUCCGGCAUACGAAAUCACCCAACUGAUCGAGACGUUAAAAAGUGAAAAAGCAGAUCAAACAUAUCAAGCACAAGAUGAGCAAAAUCGGUUA